AUGUCUGACCUACGAUACGUAGAUUGCGCAUCGGGCGGUGAACGUCAUAUCGCACCGCGAUUAUUGCUGAUUCCGCCGCCUUCUCCUGGUGACACAGGUGCGGGGGAUCAGGAUAUAAGAGGUCACACAGAGCCCUGUACAACACAACAAGAACAGAACAUCGCGCAAUACCCUCCCCUCAGGCCACCUACUGCUUCUACACUCCGAUUGCCUUCGCCUGAACUGACGCCGCUCAUGAUGGUAAACUUGGUGGUGAGGAAUCCCAUUCCUGGGACUAUCCAUCUUGUUGACCUUAAUCGCAAUCUGCGUGUUCGUCAUGCGGGUGGUGGUGACGGCGACAUUGUCCUUGACCCUGUCCCAAGUGACGACCCAGAGGAUCCUCUCAACUGGACUCCUCGUCGCAAGGUUCUUGCGUUGAUCUGUCAGAACUUGUACACCUGGUUCACGGGCAUGGCUGUUGCUACUGUUUACUCUGUCCUUGUCCCGCUCUCACAGCAGUCCAGGGUCUCAGUCAAGACGCUCAAUGAGGGAACAGGUUACAUGUACCUGCUCUUGGGUUGGGGCUUGUUGUUUUGGCAACCCUUCUCUCUACGAUAUGGCAAGCGUUUGACCUACCUCCUCUCCGUGCUUGGAGCCAUCGGAACAAGCGUUUGGAGCGCCUACGUCUCAAGCAACGGUGAAUGGAUCGCCAAAUGCAUCAUCCAAGGCUUCUUCAUCGCACCCAUCGAAGCCUUGCCCGAGAUUUCCAUCACUGACAUCUACUUCACUCAUCAACGUGGAACCUACAUGGGCAUCUACGCUCUCGCCCUCGCCGGUAGCAACUACUUCGCGCCCGUCAUAUGUGGCUUUAUCGCCGAGUAUCAAGGCUGGCAAUGGGUGUUCUACUGGCCCGCCAUCUUUCUCUCGUUUGUCUUCGUGUUUCUCUUCUUAUUCAUGGAAGAAACCAAUUACAAUCGUGUCGCUCGACACGCCGACCAUGUACAGAUCAGUUCGUCCCGAUUGAGUGAUGAGAACGACGGCAAGGCUGAAGAAAAGGCUGCUGAGGCUGGAAAAGCUGAAGUUAGAGAGGCGGAUGAAGCGAACGUACAGUAUGCCAAACCGAAAACUUUCCUGCAGAAGUUGUCGCUUUGGCAACCUACACCAAGUCAGAGUAUGGCUCGUCACGCUGGACGCUCGCUUCAGUACCUCGGUUGGCCUGUCAUCUUUUUCGCUGGCUUCUCAUACGGCUCGUAUCUUAUCUGGUUCAAUGUUCUCAAUGCGACAGCAUCCAUCAUCCUGUCAGGCCCAGGGUAUGGCUUCAAGCCGUCAAUGGUCGGACUGAGCUACCUCUCCUGCUGCCUCGGUACCAUCAUCGCUGCCAUUCUUGCCGGACGACUGAGCGACUGGCUUACUAUCAAACUUGCACGUCGCAACAAUGGUAUCAUGGAAGCUGAGCACCGUUUGUGGCCGCUGGCAAUUUGUGUCAUUGGCGUUCCGGCAUCCUUGAUCCUUUGGGGUGUCGGCGCGCAGCACGGUGUUCACUGGUUCGGCCUCAUUUUUGCCAUGUGCACUUUGUCUGUGACGAGUGUCAUGGGACUGAUCAUCAGUAUCAAUUACCUGAUUGAUAGCUACUAUGAACUCAGCGGUGAUGCCAUUGUCACGAUUAUUUUGGUUCGCAACACGAUGUCUUUUGCCAUUAGUUAUGGUAUCACGCCUUGGAUCACCCACAUGGGCUAUCAGAAUUGCUUCAUCUCCGCUGCGUUUAUCGCUUUGGCCGCUUGUUCUGCUUGCUUUGUCAUGAUCAAAUUUGGAAAACUGCUUCGACAGCGAAGCGUGCCCCGGUAUCACAAGUUGGUUGAUGACGAUAAGAGGGUCUCAGGAAUUGCUACAUGA